CAUUAAGCGUGUUUCUGUGGUUAAGAUUUUCUUUAUUCGGGUCGUUUUUUCGGUUACUACUAUCUAAAAUACGAGGCAAAGGCAGCGAGAGCGGUUUAGUAAACACCGGAUGCGAGCCCGAACCCGGACCGUCAUGAGGACGAGAACAAGCUGGCGCAUUCUUACACUCACAGGCCAGGAAAGCCAGUACCUCCUGAGAUGCGAAAGUCGUCGGAGUGGAAGCUCGGAGUGUCCUUCCUCCAUUUCGAGCGUAGGUGCAGACAAUCAGAAUAGACAACAUGAUUGACAUGAACGCGCCGCCAGAAGAAAAGAAAGCAGAACCGCUCGGGGUGUCGCCACUGUGGGACGACCUCCGGUGGUGGAUAUGGACCCUGAUAGCGGCGGCAGCUUUUCUGGUAUUUCCCGGCUUCUGUUGGUUUUUCGCUCCUGUGCUGCUCGCGUGUGCGUAUUACGAACGUGAACAAUCCAACCUCAAAAACAGCCGCAAAGUUCUUGCCUGUUUUUUUUUUCAAACUUGCAACGACUCGCGUCCGCGCUGAUGCGAGAGCUUGAGUGGCAAUGUUCGAAAUUGGAUAAAAACAAGGAAGCGCGCUACGACGGCUGGCGACGCAAGCGAUGCAAGCGCGCGCGCUACGACGGCUGGCGGCGCAGCUGCUCACCUGCCCGCUUAUGUGUCCACUUGCUGUGGCUCUUGUGGGGCGACUCUGUUGGCGCGCUCUGCGUAGCGCCGGCGUCGCCCAUCGCGCAUCAAGUCGCGUUCGAAUGCCCCCCCCGUUUCUUCCAGCUGAAGGCGGAGGCAACUAGGGGAGAGGCAUGGGGACAAAACAGAUGAGCAACGAGAGCGUGUCGGUCCGGUUCGGGGCCGCCUAAUGGUCGACAUUCCGCGCGCCCCGCCAUAGCAAGAAAACGCGAGCAAUUUCUAGCACAAUCCCGCGCGCAGACUUGCGCGUGAAUUGCGCAAGAGAGCACGCCGCACCGGGCUCACCAAAUAGGGGAUAAUUUGCGGCGCCGUGCUUUUGCGUCGAGUCACCAAAGAACAGGCGCAACAACUGGAUCGCGAAACGAGACGGAACACAAGGGCGCAACGCGUUGGCGCGCGUCUCUGGCACUGUGGUGGCGUAAGCGUUCGACUUGCGCUGUUUCGCGUACGUUCCGCGUCCUUUUCGCAGAAUUUCUGCAGAAGCCCGUGGGAAAUGUAGUUCACCGAAACGCGCCAACGCAGAGCGGAUCUCUGCUUCUGAUCGGGCCAGAUUUAUUUUGCGGCUAUGGAAUCGGCUGGAUUGUUUGCGCCUCUAGUCGAGCUAUGUGUCGCUGCUGCAAGCCCCGCCGUUGCUAUGGUCCGAGAGCCAAAGUCCCUACAGUCCUGUAGUGAUGGACGAAUGCGACGCGAUGCGCGGCGGCCUCGCUUCUGAGGCAGCGGACUAUGAUUUUCUUGAACGCGAGGACCAGUCCGCUCCUGCGGGCAUUGGUGUAGGCUUUCCACAGAUUGCGAGCAGUGACAGGCAAAGUCCGGCACUUCACUUUCGUGCUAAUGAGCGUGGCGCAGGCUUCAGCGGGGUGCUGCACCGGGAUGCGGAACAAAGCGGCUGCGCCGAGCUCGAGCUGGCGGAUCUUCCUCUACAGCGCAGCCGUGGGUCGUCUUCGAACGUGCCACAGUCGAGCACAGACCCUGACGGAAUGCAUACCGGCAUUGGUCCUUCCCCUACAGCCGCGGCGAUCGCCGGCGAGGAUGAAAGUCGGUAUGCAGCACGCACAAAGAAGCGGCAGGCGCCGCCUCCGCUAGAUCCUCGCUCGUGGUUCGCGGUCCCUGUUACGUCUUCGCCAAACUCUCCGACUACCGCGUCGCGCUUUUCACCUGUUUCUGAAAGCACCAGCGGCCGCCAUGCACGUGCAGACAGCGCUUUUUCGCAGGGACACUUGCUUCGGAACCGCAGCACCAUCAGCACCAGCAGCCCGGCGAGGUCGUCGUCUCUCUCCUCGUCCGAUGGGGUCUUGUUCUCGGCGCUUUGCGCACGUGUGAAAUCGAGUUUCUUGUUUUUCGGAGAUCGUGUGGCCGAGUGCUGCCUCUGUCACGCCUGCUGUCUACGACGUCGCGACUCGACUUUGCAGCGAGUGAACUACCUUCACCGCGUUUUUUACCGAGAUAACAUCGAGGGAGCAGCUACUCGUGCCCCAUCUUCACCCGCUGCUGCUCCCACCUCUCCGAGCAAGAGAAGGGAAGUGGCUUUUUUAUCACAGCGACUGCGAGGGAAGACUGCAGUGGUAGAGAGCCUCCGGUUUUGGCUCGCGCUCCUCGGCUAUGCAACAUUGCAAAUAGUUCUUGGUCUUCUGGAAGAUUGCGAAACUUCUGAUGCUUGACUGGCAUUGCGGCAGCUUCUGUCAUGUAUGUCGCCAAAAGUUCCGACCGCCUAUUUGUUAUGUCAGACCGCAGCUCCGGCCUGUGACGCACUUUAUGCAGGAGCAACAAGCCGCCGAAAACAAAGCUGUUUAUACCUCGCUUUGCAUUGAACGUCGAAGAUUAAGAUUCAGAAGGAUAAGCCAGCAACAGCAUGACCAGUAAUCAGACCAAGAUUCACUUCCAUCGAUAUCAGCGCGCAGACCCUGUGCUGUCACCUGCCGCUGGUGCUCCUCGUGCUUCUGCGGGUGCCUUGGCUUUAUCUAGGGAAGCCGGACUUCGUACUGACGUUUGUGCAUCCGCGCUUCGAACAGGAUGUCGCCUCGGCGGUGCUCGCCGGGCGCGAUGCGGAGGGUCAGCUCGGCGGGUCCUCCACGAAAAGCCUUUCGACCUCCGCCCCCUCGACCAGUUCUGCAGGUGCAGACCAGGGCGGGACUGCUUCGUCGCUCGUUGCAGGUGCGCCAUCAACUACGUCAGGGGGCCAGGAUCACACGACUUUGGAUCAUGUACCGGAUCAUGAUGCCCACCACCAAGACAAAGAAGACGCGAGCUGGAUGGACCUUGUGACGGACGAGAGCGAUCCUUGCUCCAAGUAUACGACGCAGGAGGCCUGUCCGGAAACAGCGCCCUUUGCGUACACGCCGGCCGGUUCCGCGGAGCAGCGCGAGGCGCUGCUUUACUGCCUCUGGCGAGCAAUUCCUACGGGGCGAUGCCGUCGCGCCGAAUGGGUGCGCGACCUGGUCGGUGGAAGCGAGUACUUGCUGGUUCGCUACCCCCUCCGGUCCUGGGGGGACGCCCUCGGCUACUGCCGCCGGCACUCGGUCGCUCCCAGUGCGGAGCUGGCACAGGUCAAGUCCGCACGCGAUUACGAUUUCCUCAUGAACCACGUCCUCGAUUGGACGUUGGCGGGCAUUUGGAUGGGCGGCCUAGUGUACGGCGAGCGGUGGCAGUGGCUUGACGGGUCCGGUCUGGCGGGGUACGACAACUGGUGCCCCGGGGAGCCCAGUGGCGGGACGGAGAGUUGUCUGCUGGCUUGGGGUGCUUGCGGAUUUCGAUGGAACGAUGCAGCGUGUUCGCACAAAACUUCUUUUGUCUGCCAGCGCCCCAUCAGGGGUGCGUCGUCCGCAUCGGGGGUUAAGUCGUCAAGCGCUCCGCGCUCAGUACUGCAGUUACCGGACCUCGAAGCUGCUGUGCCACAAUACAAGCCUAUGACGACGCAAGAUCAUCUGACAAAAGAGGACACGAGCCAAACACAGGGGCACAAGCAUGCGUGGGACAGGAAUGCAGAACCUUCAUCACAGACAGGCCCAGACGCACACGACGGGACAUCUUCAAACGGUGAUGGCGAAAAGCGUACUCUUGGAACAAUGGUGCAUGCAGCCAGUGCGAUUCUUUUUUCCGCUCCGGGCAAGGCAGACGUAUCCCCACGGCACUUGCGCAGCGAAGAAAAUCUGCAGUGUUUGAAGCUUCGCGAGGGCCACCAGUUUGCAGACCCGGACACCCGGGAGCGCAUUGACCCCGUGUACGUCGAGCGUGCCACCGCCAAGGUCGGGAACGGUAGUCCGUGCCUUGUAGCAACUUACGAAGUCGGCCCAUUUCUUCGCCGGCAAGCGCUCCUGACCAUAACUCGCUCCGCACUGCCCUCCGUGGGAGCGUCUUCACCAACCGAAGGGCCCACUCUUGCGGCAGGCGAGGAGGUGGACGAUAGCAGGGCCGCCUUCGUGGAGAAUGCGAAGCGAUGUCUGCAUUGGGGUCCGGGCAGCGCGCGCGCAGGACAGCGUGUGUUUGCGCGUCCUUGCCCCAGGACAGGUGCCGAGUUUGCCGCGCAGUGGCACCUGCUCGCAGCGAUCUUUUGGCCCGGGAACGUGUUCGGGACUCUGUUGAGCAGCGAGGUAACUCCCGCGGAAGAACCAUCGGACGCAGAGCGAGCGUCAAGUGGUCUCGCACGGGAUGCACAGCCUGCAAGGGGAUCGCGGCCGACUGGUGGCUUCGUCGAUUGGGUGUACCGCAGCGUCGUGAAGGCGUGGGCGCCCGUCGAUGCGGCCCGCGAGUCGUUGUCUGAGCAGUCGAAAGAAACCGCCCGGAAUUCUUUCAUUUUAGAGCGGGUCGGCUACUCUACGCGGCGGCAAUUUGUGAGCACGGGCCGCUUGCGCACGAUUAAUGGUUUCACCUCAUUACCGCUGCCCAGCGGUGGAGUAUCCGGCGAUCAAGAGGGCCUGCGGGGGAUCGGGGCCGGCACAAAUACAGGCGGGGCCGCGUAUCGCGGCACCAGCGGAGCUUUUCUUUAUCUCGGUUUCGACCCGCUUACCGGCGAGUUGGCGCUCGUGGGUUCGGGCGAGCGCGCCAUUGUGUUUUCGGAGCUGCAACGGGACAUCGUGGGAUACGCCGACUCUCAGCUCUUGCUGUACCUUCUCUUCCCACAGUUCUUCAGUGUCAUGCUCGCGUGUGUGCUUCUGGCGUUCUCUUACUACGGCUUGCGAAUUCUCCGCUGCGUCUCGCGCGAAGUGGGGCGCUACCGCCAGCUCAUGGACCGUCUACGCUAUGAAGAAGAACACGACGCGGAGCCGAUUCCGGCGAACGAGGAGGAGGGAGUCGCGGGUGACUUCAUCUCUCUCGGCACUACAGAUAGGCUCGGCAGCAUGGUACGUGGUACGCACGGCGGCCACAGGAGUGCAGAUAUUCCUUCUACGUCAGCCCCAGCGCAGCGUCCGCAUUGCAAGUUUACGACGGAGCAGGACCAUGCUGAGCGCACAGAUUUGAGCUCAAAAAAGAACGAACUCGAGCCAGAAGUAACUUCCCCAGCAGAACCGUACCCCUUUGGUUCGUCGAGCAAUACUCAAGAGGUGAGCGCUUAUUCCCGAGGAGAUGGCGAUGCUUCUAGUGCGCGCUCGCUAGCAGACACGGCCAACGUGCUAGGCCGUCCGGCAGCUCAUAUGCACUGACCAAGUAAAUAUCUACCACAAGAAGACUCUGCGAAGCCAUCAAUGCGAACUGUAAGUAGCAGCAGCCGCGCGGAUAUUCAAAAUCAAUUCCAGUGCUCUCAGUGCGAGCAGCCUCUUGCCAGUGGUCAAGACUAUAAAUGGCUUGGUGCACCCGCCUUGGACCGGCGCACAAGCGCAGCGCCGUUUUACUGUGACUUCGCAUGUGCUUCCCUUUGCUCAACUUCAGUGGUACGGAUAAGUAUGGAGCCACUUUAUGUUGCUGGAGUUUUCCGAUUCCGGCUAACGUACGUGCGGAGCGACGUAAUCACGCACUAAUAAAGCAGACAAGAACAGGACGCCUUGCCUCCCAUUGUGCAAGUCGCCCCGGCCUGACCAAAGUGUCCUGCGUGCUCCUGAGGUGAGCGCCAACAAGGAGCUUCCCCCGCGUGUUCUGUUCGUUGGGUACGUGCAUCUGCGCACAGGGCCCAGACCGAGACUCAGAAGGAGGCUCAAACAGGACGGAGCUCGAGUUCUCUGCUACUCGAACGCAAGCCGAAACAUGAAGCGAACGAUCGGAAUGAUCAAAUUAGAAAAUACAAAAGGCAAAGCAACGCGCAAACCCGAACUGAAGCUGCUAGAUAUCCGCGAACUCAAUCUGAACUUGCAAGCCAAGUCACGAAGUCACACCCUAUCUGAAUACUGAUGCUCGGACUCAAACUACUGAGACCGAAAUGGAAAUUCAAGGCACGAAGCCAAAAUUAUCUACCUGACUGAGCGCUCGCCUUCGGACUGUUACCGAGACUCCAAGUCAAUACUCG